AUGAUGGAUUCCAAAAAUUUAAGUAAUCGCAGUACAACAUCGUCUAAAUACAACUCGUCUACCUCUAAUCUUUCCUCCCUCCUCGCUAUCGCCACGGCUUACGAGCAACCCCUUACCUACACCAUCGAGGACGUUCGCCCCUGGGGAGGCAUUGACAUGUUCCGCUCUGCUGCUUACUCUAACUGCGUGCGCCGGCCCUCCUGA